AUGGCGAGAACAGUACGCCUGCCGGCGCUGCUAGCGCUGGCCCUGGUUGUGGCGGCAGCUUCCGCCCAUGCUGCAGAGGUGGCGGCUGUUGCGACACCCACGGCUGGGGCUGCCCCUGCUGCUGCGGCGCCGGUCAAGCCUGAGGCUGCCCCCGCAGUGGCGCCCGCCGCCCCCGGUCCCGCCGCUGCCGCCAAGCCCAGCACAGAGGCAAAGCCUGCAGCCCCAGCUGCCGCGGCCCCUGCCGCCGCAGCCCCUGCCGCCGCGGCCCCCGCCACCGCGGCCCCCGCCGCCGCCGCCCCCGCCGCCGCUGCCCCUGCCAAGCUCGAGUCCGGCGCCGCCCCGGCCGCCGCACUCGCGCCCGCGCCCGCCGCCACGGCCGCCUCCUCCUCCCGCUGGGAAGCGAUGCUUAAGAAGGUGGCGGGCAUGCAGUCCGUGUGCAAGGCCAUCACCGAGAAGUGGCGCUGCAACAGCGGCACGCAGCGCUGCCACUGGGACGACAACCAGCCCCUGGCCAAGACGCGGCAGGCCGCACGGCACGCUGGCGCGUGA